AUGGCUCGCUCAGUUCUUCCUCACCACUUUCGAAAUGGUUUUCGAGAGCUUCACAAUGAGCCACAUUGGACUCCUCGGGAUGAGGAUGACGAGGUCGAAGAUAUCCACUAUGAGCUCCCGCCAUCUGUAGAGCUGGUAACAUCGUCACGGCACAAUCAUCUGGGUAUCAAUGUUCUUCGUACCUGGCCUACAAUGUACGAUGGCACUGCUUCUCCUCACGGUGUUCCGGAGUGGUGGAAGCCAUCUUCGAAAGUAGAUGUCCUUAUUUGUGGAGGGCCUGACAUUCCGAAUUAUGAUAAGGCUCCAACGCCACUCAUUGCUGGUCGCGCAGAUGGUGUUCAGCCUCGUUUCCUUGAGACUCUCUCUACCUGGGGUCUCGCAACUGAGGUUCAUGAAGAAGGCCCAUUGAUUGAACGUACCGCCAUUUACUACAAUGGAAAACUCCUUCACCAUGGACGAUCCCAUCAGUCAGAUUCCCGCUACCGAGGUCUGCAUAUCAUCACCCAAGGCCAGAUUGAGCGAAUUUUCAUACGGGAUCUCCUGCGCCACAAGAUACUCGUAGAACGUAAUACAACUCUCAAGGAAUUUACAGUGGAUCAGGAUUUAGCAAAACUAUCCUCGCCUUCUGCAUACCCGGUACGUGGCGUUAUCGAAAACAGCUUGACUGGCAAAGAGGAAAAGAUCGAAGCCAAAUUCCUCGUCGGCAGUGAUGGUGCCUCAAGUUCAAUCCGGCGAAGACUUAAAAUACCAUUCGAUGGCAUCAGUACUGAUAUUUACUGGGGUAUCAUGGACUGUGUUUUCGAGACGGACUACCCUCAUGCAUGGAUUUUCGGAUCUGUUGUCAGCUCCAAGUAUGGAGGAUGCAUCAUUAUUCCUCGUGAGAAUGGAUACAUUCGGCUUUACACUCAACUCGACAUCUCGAAGACGGGGCCCUUGGCACAGACAAGACAAGCACGUGAUGCUAACUUCGUUGAGUCUGGUGGACAGGUUGACAUUCACUCCAUCACUCCGGAGGAGGUCUUGGAGCAAGCCAAUCGCAUUUUUGCGCCAUAUAAACUCUCCUUUGGAGCUCCGCUUAGUUGGUUUGCUGUCUGGAAGAUUAGCGAGCGAGUUGCUCGGUCUUUCUCAUCCAAUGACUUGAGGGUGCAUUUGGUCGGAGAUGCUGCCGUCAUGGGAGCGUUUGGCCUCAAUGCAUCAAUUCUCGAUGCCGCCAAUUUGGCCUGGAAGCUCGGCAUGACGGUAAAAAAUCAAGCUCGAAUGGACGCCCUUUUACCAACAUAUGACAGAGAGCGCCGUCUACAUGCUGCGCAUAUUAUUGAGACUUCAGGGAAAUACCUACGGUUUGUCUGCAGCUCAUCUCUACCGGCAGCAAGGCUCUAUCAUGUAGGCGCAGAUCUUGGUAUAGACGGGAUGGAAGAAUUUGAGAGAAUAAUUGACCAUCCCAAAAAUGAUGGUCAAUCUGCAAUCCGUCAUGGCCAAGCCAAUGGUCAUAUAGUAAAUGGUCAUGUCAUAAGUGGUUCCCCUAGUAAUGGCUCGGGAUCAGAUGAGGAAGCUAAUGACGAUGGAGAAUGUUCUACAUCGGCUGAGAAAGUCUCUUUUAAAUCCUCUGAAGAUGCAAAAGCAUUUAUCUAUGACUUUUUCCGGCGACAUGGACAAUUCUUACUCGGUGUCGACGCGCCAUACGGAGUUAGUUGUCUCAACACAGGCGUGAACAAGGUGGAAUGGCAGAAGUUCCCCCCAGUUCAGGUCCGUAACGGUGUUCGCGCGCCAAAUCCUCGUGUUUGCUUCGAUAAGGAACAUAUGGGAUAUCUUUACGAUAAAUUUGAUGGUGCUAUCCCCUUUCAUCUGGUCGUUUUUGGUUGGGAUUUACUCGGAACCGUUCGGAAGCAGUUGGGUCGUCUGUCAAAAGCAUUGUCUCCUGCUGAUCCUGAUAGUUUUUAUUGGAAAUACGGUGGAUCCAAACUAUUCAACAUUAUCUUGGUAGCCAGAGGCACACCGUGGGAAAUCCAGGAAGCCCUUGCAAAAGAUAACGAGCUACUAGCGUUGCAGGAGAAGGCUAUUGUUCUCUCUGACGACCGUGCCCCGGAUGAGGAUGCGCAUAAUACUUGGGGGGUUCAUCACCGUACCGGGGCCAUGGUCGUUGUUAGACCAGACCUCUGGGUUGGGUUUAGCGCAGCUCCUGGAGAGGUAGAAAAGUUCACUGAUUACUUUGGGACUUUCUUGGUGGCCCAGGACAAAUUUCGUAGAUACCGCUGGGCACGAGAUUACUAUUUGGAGGCAUAUCCUAGACAUAUUUCUCCAUCCUCCCCACCUAGCGGUUGGGAGUCUGCCGGGGCUCAACGUACACCGGAGCUCAACGUACAAAAUUGUAAAAAUCGCAACCCUGCAAUUUCCAACGUCCAAAACACCGCAAAAAUGACUGCUGAGCAAUACAAAAAAGAGGAGGAAUUAAUCACCAAGGCUGUUCAUGCGUAUAAACACGGAAAAAUAAAAAAUAUCUCGAAAUUAGCGCGUGAAUUUGGAGUUUCUCGCCCGAGGCUCUAUCGCCAGAUUAACGGGACACCCUCUCGCUCAACCCGACUCGCAGCGAAUAGGUUAUUAUCAAUUGAUCAAGAAAAAGCGCUUUUCUUAUGGCAUCAAUAUCUAGAUAAUAUGGGCGCCGCACCUACACCACGCCAAAUCGAAGAAAACGCGAAUUAUUUGAUUAUGAAGGAUUGGAUCGGUCAGGCACUACGGGCAAUUAUUGACUUAAAAAUCGCUAUGAAUAACCUCAAAAUUACACCUGCAAAUCUAUGGAGCUUUGACGAGACCGGAUUCAUUGUUGGACAAGGAAAAAAGGAAGCAGUGGUCACAGCAUACCCAAAAACAUCAAAAAGAAUUUCUAGUCUGUCUUCUCGCGAAUCUCUCACCGUCGUUAAGUCUAUAAACGCCGAAGGAAAGGUUAUACCACCGUUAAUUAUCCCAAAGGGUGUUGUACAUCUGGAGGAAUGGUAUAAGUAUAUAAAAGAUGAGGAUUGGCUUAUUGCACCAGCUUUAAAUGGCUUUAUCACGGAUGAGAUUGCAUUUGAAUGGUUACAACAUUUUAAUCGGUUUACGGACGAUGGCAAGAAUUGGCGGUUAUUGAUCAUGGAUAAUCAUACAACUCAUCUCACGAUACCGUUUCUUAAUUAUUACAAAAUGUGUCGCAUUCAAGUAUUUGCCUUUCCUGCGCAUUCUACUCAUCUUUUACAACCGCUUGAUGGAGUCCCAUUUCAACAAUAUAAACAUGUUCACGGACGAGUGGUGAAUAAGAUUGCUCGGCUUGGUGGCUUCGAUUUUGAUAAAAAUGACUUUUUUCAGGAGCUACAUGAUAUCCGGAUAGAGACCUUUACACCACGAAUUAUCCGCCAUGGUUGGAAAGAUCACCUCAUGGUCCAACCUGAGGAUGCGAUUAUUGAUGAUGGAAAUACGUUAAAAAUCUAUGGUGAGAAUAAUGAUACGAUUCCCAGCUCACCAACCAUCAAGUCGAUAUCACCUCCUUCAUCCGUGCAAAAACUACGUCGCUAUGUCAACAAGAUCGAGAAAUCACCUGAUGGCAUAAAGGAUAUCUUAGAUGAGAGCAGCCCAGGCCUCAUACGCCGUAUAAAAACGGUUAACCAAGGCAGUCUUAUAAUGGCUGAUUUGGGUGAGCUACACCGUGAAAACUUCACACGGAUUCGUGAUACUGCCGAACGUAAGGCUGGCAAAAAAACUAAGCGCCAGGUUAAGGCCGUUGGUGCGCUUUAUGUAAAAGAUGCAAACCGCCUCAUAAACGCCGCCAUGAUGGAGAUUUGA